GUUGCCAUGGUGGCCCCUUGCCCAGAGCUCUGCCCUCAUUCCCAGUGGAUGCAGACCUCAGAUCUGUUCUUGGUGUGGACGCCCAGAACCCCCAACCCCUCCAUAGCCCCCAACCCAGCCGGUCUCUCUCAACGGUGAGGUUUCAGAGUGACGGUUCCCUGUGGCUCGACCUUGGGGGAUGUCACUGCCCUUUCUGCCCCCACCCACCCCCUCAGCGGUUGUGUUGGCCAGGACUUUGGCCCAGAGCACAGACGGUGGAGGGGAGGUGGACCUCUCGAGCUAUAAAGCCUCCCUCUGGCCGUUUGGAGCUAGUGAGAACAGCCCACCAGUGUCCGGUCUCCUGACGCCAUGGGGACCCGAUUCUUCCUGGCUCUGUUUCUUGUCCUCCUGGUACUGGGGUUUGAGGUCCAGGGGGCCCUGCUGCCCCAGCAAGAUGAGCCCAGCAGCCCGACCCUGCUCACCCACAUGCAGGAAUCUCUCUCCAGCUACUGGGAUUCAGCCAAGGAAGCCGCCCGGGGCCUGUAUCAGAAGACAUACCUGAACACUGUGGAUGAGAAACUCAGGGACAUGUACAGCAAAAGCACAGCAGCUGUGACCACUUACGCAGGCAUCUUCACUGACCAGCUCCUCUCUCUGCUGAAGGGAGACCAGUGACAGCCACCCAGGCCCCAGCACCCCUGGAGCUCACGACCUGCCCCAGCAGCGGACUUCGCCCCCCUCCCCCAGCCUGCUCCCAACUCUGAGUUCUUAUCAAUAAACAAACCCCCCAAAACCCAA